GCUAUUAUAUGGGUCAUUCAUUAUAGACGCAGGGCCAGGAUCCUCCGUUGCCAGCCUUGCCGUCAGGACUGUCUCCAACGUACAACGAGAUGUUCCGUGCGGCGCUUCAGCUUUUGCAAGAACCUGGUGAUGUUACCAGAAAGAAACCUGUCUUGUAAGUCACUCAGCCUCUCACGCGCUCAGCUUUUGCCUCGUUCGCCUAGCCAUCAAGCAUCGUAAAUGUGUUAACACUAUGUCCCUGUCAACAUGCGCCUAGUGCGCUGGUCAGUGGAAUCAUCAACACGCUAUCUCCUGUCGGCCAGCAAUUCACCCUCUCUCCGCUCGUGGAGGAACAGUCUCGUAUGGCGUGCUUAUCAUACCAUUCCAAGACUACUGAUAACUUGCGCGCCGAUCUGCAAAAAGCACUGUAUCCGGACCCUGACACCCUGCAGCCAUGUCUGUCGAAUCUCUCCAGAGAUUUGUUUACGAGUCGCUGUUACAGUGCUUAGGUCCGCAUCCUACACGAGCGGCCAAAGAAAAGUACUUGGUACUCAAGAUUGUCUCGCAAGUCCUGCACUGGCUAGAGAAUGACAUCUUUGCCGCGCCUUUAUCGGAGCAUGUGUUUGUCAGCGCGUGGAGCGACGUCUUGAACACGCUAUUUGCCCAGUCUGGCCUACGCGGCAUUCCUGGCGAGCUAGGCAGCAGGGCAUCACGGGAGUCUCGCUCUUUGACCGAAAGCGUGUUUGGCGGUAAGAUGGCGACCAGUACAAGCUCCAGAAAAGUGGACAUGACAAUUAGGGUCUUUGUCGACAAGUCCUGGGCGGACGAAAUUUGCGUGUUUGAGUGUAAGCCCGAAGUUAGCGACCACGUCUGCCAGGUUCAGCAGGGAAAAAGUGUUCGCCUGAAUACCGCCAUCCUCCUGGCCCUGGAGGAGAAGGGGCUUGACGUCGCACAAUGGCAUCCUAUCAUCGCGGAAACUCGUGCCCUGUCCAUUGAUUUUUACACUCUGCGACGAUACGGCGACAUCAUUGGUGCUGGUCGAUCCACUCAAGAGAAGGUGUGGCUGCCAUCUGGAUACAUCAAGUUAGAUGCUUUUCUGAGCUCCCGAUCAUUUGAGGUGCUGCUCGGCUUUCGGGCCACCGCUACACUUGUGUCCUCCCCAGCCACACCGCGCUCAACGUUCCCCGUCGGCGCAGACCUCUCGUCACCAGCAACCCCACGCUCAACGUCUACGCCUGUGGCAUGGUCGCCGUCGGCAUCCACACCCCUGAUCUCCUCCCCAACAAGCACGCCGGCUGCUGUGGCGCCUGUCACCCCUACAUUCGCAGCAUCUCACAUAGCAUCAGGAACUUAUGCAGUCCAACCAACAACGUCGAACAUCAUGGAACCACCACCUCAGAGACCAACGACCCCUCCGCCCCGCAAGCGUGACCUUCCGUUUGUCUUGUUUAUCCCAUCCAAGACUCAGCGACGCGACCGCAAGUCAAGUAUGGACUAUGGCAGACCGAUCAUGCAUGAUGACGACGACCUGGCCUUGUAGGUGGCCUUCGGAGAAGAGUCCUUCUCAUCCAACUCCAUUACCCCCGUGGACCAUGUCUUUAUUGUCAAUAAAGGUUUUUCCUUUUUCGCUGCCAUUGGCACUUUGUACGAAUUGAUGAUCAUGGCUCAUUCAUUUGAUCACU